AUGCAUAUGAAGUUGUUUUGGGGGUUGCUGUACCUAGUAGCUUCAGCUUUAGCGCAAGACAGACAAUUUCCAGUACUGCGAGUUCAUAAAAAUGAGCUUCAACUGUAUUUUGUUGAAGCAUUCCUAGGAACCCCAGGCCAACAGCAGUCACUAUGCGUUGAUAUUAGUCAUCCUUAUACCUGGGUUAUCUCUGGCAAGAUAUAUGAAAUCUGUAAUCGACCCAACGGAGGAUGUCUCACAGGGAACUUGUAUUAUCCUGGGGCAAGUUCGACAAACGAAGAACUAGAUAGCGGGAGGGAAUACAAUCUGCGAUACAGAGAUGGCGUGAAUAUCACGGGUACGGUAGAACGAGACGUGGCUAAUAUAACUCUGAAUAAUGGAGUUUUGCUGCUCACCAAGAUGUUAUUUUUCUCGUCUGAGCUCUCGAACUUAUUGCAGGGGUCGCUCGGGCUCGGGGAUCAGUACAUUGUUGGAGAUGAGUCUGACGUAGUUAACUCGAAUAACGGGGGCUUCUCGUUUUUGCAGAGGUUGAAAGACUCGAAUUUGAUUGAAACGUCUUCUUAUUCCCUAUGGCUAGCUAACGACACAACCACUAUCGAUGACUUUGGGUUAAAAGUUCAAGAUACCGGUCGUCUGUUGAUGGGUGCAGUUGACCCGCAGUACUACAAGGGCCCAUUGUACCAGUACGAUACGGUUCCCGUCGAAUACAGUGGUAACGAAGUUGGUCAUCACAGGGAGUUUGCUCUACCUCUAACAAAGGUGAGCAUCUCAACAACAGAUGGUGCGUCUCUAAACUUGACGUCACCAAACUUUACGGAAGUUACAGUUUUGAAUACCAGGUUCCACGAGUCAUAUAUCCCAAUCGACCUCCUCUUACAAAUCGCAAUGCAGACAAACGCCGUUUACGUUAAUUCUUGGGAUAGGUGGUUCGUGGACUGCGAUUUAACUAAGUACAAUGCCACAUUAAGUUUUGAGUUUGGGGAGACUAAAAUUAACGUGCCAUUAUCGCACUUCAUAGAUACUUCACGUCGUGGGGCUGCGCCAACCACUUCUACGUCUACGCCGACGAACGAGACGUGUUAUUUGGGAUUGUAUCCCAACAUCGAGAAAGGAUUCUCCAUGCUUGGAGCAAACUUCCUCCGUAGCACCUACCUUGCCGUGGAUAUGGAAGGCCAAUCAUUUGCUAUAGCACAAGCCAAGUUAGGAUCAGAAAGAGAUACAUCAAACAUUGCAGCAAUCAAAUCUGGCUCGAUACCGUUUGCAAAGUCAGCUUCUCAAGUGCUCGCUAGUCCGGUCACAUUGACUAUUUCAGAUAUUUCAAAGUCAACUGUCUUUCCAAACACAUAUUCAGUUUUGAAUGAUCCCGGGAGCGAUUUGCUGACUACCAGAUCUUUUUACAGCACGUCCAGAUCGUAUUCCCAAUCAUCAACGUCUUCAUCUUCCAGCGCUGAAGUAGUGUCAUCAAACGGUUUGGGAAGACGUGCUCAAACGUUAGAUGCUACAAAUUUCAUCGCCAGUAAUUCAUUACAAUUUAUGAAAUAUAUUGUUGCAGUUGGUCUAAUUUUCAUCAUAGGGGUUGUUGUAUAG